AUGGCUCCUACAGUUUGGACUCUGGUGCUGCUUGUGGGGGCUGCCUGGGGCCAGGCUCCCUUGCCCGCCCCUAUCUGGAGCCCUUUCUUUCCAGCCAUUAUCUCCCAGUGUGAUUUUGACGAUAAUUCCAAACCCCUCUGUGACUGGUCCCAAGAGUUCACCGAUGAUGGGGACUGGAUCCGAGCCAGUGGUCCCUCCCCAUCUGGCACCACUGGGCCCCCUGGGGGGUACCCUAAUGGAGAGGGCUACUAUCUGCACAUGGAUUCCAACAACUUCCGUCAGGGUGGAGUGGCCCGCCUGCGCAGCCCUGACAUAUGGGAGCAAGGCCCGUUCUGUGUUCGCUUCGCCUACCACAUGUUCGGGCUGUCAUGGGGCUCCUGGCUCCGACUGCUGCUAUUCAUGGGCAAACAGAACAAUCGCCCCAAAUUGCUCUGGAAACACACAAAUACCCAGAGCCUUUCCUGGAUACCUACCUCCGUCACUGUGCCCGCAGGACUCAACCUGCCCAGCUGGCUGACGUUUGAGGGGAUGAGGGGCAACACUCCCUACUUGGACAUCUCCCUGGAUGCCCUCGCUAUCCAUCGGGGAACCUGCAAUAGGGUAUGCAUGAUGCAAAUGUGCAGUUUUGACACUAUGAAUGAUCUCUGUGGCUGGAGCUGGAUCCCAUCUUCCUCUGGGGCCAAGUGGACACAGAAGAAAGGGUCAUCGGGGCAGGCAGACGUGGGACCUAAUGAUGAUUUCUCCAGUCCUGGGAAUGGCCUCUACAUGCUCCUGGACCCCAAAAAUGCAAGGCCGGGGCAGAAAUCUUCCCUCCUGAGUCCCCCGAGCCGCUCCAAUGGCUGUCUGACCCUUUCUUUCUACUAUAUCCUGCGGAACCGGUCUCCUGGAGCAGCCCUCCUGGUCUACGCUUCCACCUUGGGCAGCAUCCGGAAACACACUCUUUUUUCAGGACAACCUGGACCCAACUGGCAGUCUACUUCUCUCAAUUAUACAGGACAGGGACAGAUACAGUUUGCCCUGGUGGGUGUGUUUGGAAGGAUCCCAGAGCCAGCGGUAGCAGUGGAUGCAGUCAGCCUUGCUCCCUGUGGGGACAGCUUUCCUCAGUGCAACUUUGAAGACAGAGCCCAUCCCUUCUGUGACUGGACCCAUAAACCAGAAAGUGGCGGACAGUGGUCCUGGGGAAGUAGAACUAUUCUCAACAACAUCACAGGCCUUGUGGGGGAUCAUUUUAUCUACUUUGAGGUGGACAAGGUCUCCAAAGCAGGGCAGUCUGUCAAACUGACCAGCCGGCCCUUCUGUGCCUCCGGGGAUAUCUGCGUGGAAUUUUCUUACCACAUGAAUGGCCCUGGAGAGGGCAGUACACUCAUUCUCCUGCUGAGCAGCCCUGCUGGAAGUUCCCCUUCUUCUCUGUGGAACCGUGUUGGGCCCCAGAGCCCUAGCUGGCUCAGUGCUUCUACCACCAUCUCUUCAGGACACCGGCAGCCCAUGCAGCUGAUUUUUGAGGCCAUCCGGGGUAGCAACCCCGCUUUUAUUGUUGCUGUGGGUUUCAUCUUGAUCAGUCAAGGUUCUUGUCGAGAAGCACCCACCACUACCACAGAGAAACCCACUGAAACCACUGAGGAAACCACUACCCCCACUACUACCACUACCCCCACUACUACCGCUACCCCCACUACCCCCACUACUACCACUACCCCCACUACCACCACUACCCCCUCUACUACCACUACCCUCACUACUCCUACUACCCCCACUACCCCUACUAUCCCCACUACCUCCACUAUCCCCACUACCCCUACCACCUCCACCACCUCCACCACCUCCACCACCUCUACCACCUCCACUACCUCCACUACCUUCACUGCCUCCACCAUGAGACCCUUUGUCAUCACCAUCGAGAUAACCACCCCCACAGAGAAAGUCACUGAUAUCACCGAGGAGAUCACCACCACCACGGAGGAACCCACUGAAUUUGAGGAGACCACCUCGAACCCCAAACCCAACUGCAAUAUACUCUGCCAGCCAGGCUGUGUCUGCAAUCCUGGUUUUUUGUUUAAUGACAACAAAUGCAUCAAUGCCUCUUCCUGUGAUUGUGUCUACGGCAAAAGCUACUAUAAGUUUGGGCAAGAAUGGUUCAGCCCCAACUGCACAGAACGUUGCCAAUGCCUUGCUGGCAGCCGUAUGGAGUGCCAUAUCUCUGAGUGUGGAUCACACACAGUGUGCCAGCUGAAGGAUGGCGAGUAUGGAUGCCACCCCUAUGGCACUUCCACCUGCAUGGUCUAUGGUGACCCUCAUUAUGUCACCUUUGAUGAGAGGCACAUCAACUUCUCAGGCAAAUGCACCUAUGUCUUGACUCAGCCCUGCCGAAACUCCUCAAACACAUUCUUCAAAGUCUUAGCCAAGAAUGAGGAAUGGGGACCCAGAGGACUGACCUGCCUGAGCAAGGUUCAUGUGAUCCUGUCUGAGACUACCAUCACCCUGCUCAAGGGCAGACAAACACUGGUUAAGGGUCAGCGAGUCACCCUCCCAGUCAGACCUUCUAAAGGUGUCAUCAUACGUCCAAGUGGGCGGUUUGUGAAAGUGAAAACAGCAUUUGGUUUGCUUAUAAAGUGGGACGGCCACCAGCAGCUGUUUGUGACUAUGUCCAGUGUGUUCUCAGGCAAACUCUGUGGUUUCUGUGGAAACUUUGACGGGGACAGCAGCAAUGACAACCUGAAGCCAGAUGGUGAGCCAGCUGAAGACGAUGAGGAUCUGGGGAACAGCUGGCAGACCGAGCAGGAGUGCGAGGGUAUCGAGACACGUACCCCAACUUGUGGGCGAGCCUUGCAGAGCACUAUGUCAGGGUCCAAGUUCUGUGGCCAGCUUGUCAGCUCCAAAGGAGUGUUUGAGGAGUGCCAGCUUCACGUGAAAGUCUCUUCCUUCUUUGACAACUGCAUGAAUGACAUGUGCAACUUCGAGGGCUUCCAUCUCAUGCUUUGUAUCCAUCUUUCGUUCAUGACUGCGGCCUGCCAGCACGCUGGCUAUGCCGUGAAGCCCUGGAGGAAACCCCAGUUUUGCCCCCUGAUCUGUCCAGCCAAUAGCAGUUACUCUUUGUGUGCCGAUCCAUGCCCGGACACCUGCCAUUCGGGAUUCUCUGACAAGACCUGCCCAGACCACUGUGUGGAGGCCUGCGAGUGUAACCCGGGCUUCAUCCUCAGUGGCCUCGAGUGUGUCCCUCCAUCCCAGUGUGGGUGCCUUGAUGCUUCAGGAACCUACUUCAAACUAGGGGAACAGUGGUACAAACCAGGCUGCAAGGAGUUCUGUGUCUGUGAAAAGAACAACAAAAUUCACUGCCAGCCCUGGAAAUGUAAGGCCCAGGAGGCCUGUAUGCUGCAAGAUGGCACCUAUGGCUGCCGUGCCCGAGGGGCGGCCACCUGCAGUGCCUCAGGCGACCCCCACUACUUGACCUUUGACGGAGCUCUGCACAACUUCAUGGGCACCUGUGCCUACGUCAUGGUCCGCCCUUGCAAGGUCAGUUCCCGAGAGAACAACUUUCUUGUCACCACCACCAACGAGAUCCGCGAUGGGAACUUGGAGCUCUCCUACAUCAAGUCUGUCAACGUGCAGAUCUUUAACCUCAGAAUCUCACUGAUUAAAGGUCGAAGGGUCGUGGUGAAUGGCUUUCGGAUAUCCCUUCCCAUGGGGCCUCUGGCAGGCCAGGUGAUCGUUAGGCUCAGUGGCUCUUUUAUUGUGCUCUACACGAACUUUGGGCUUCAGGUUCGCUACGAUGGGAAGCACCUGGUGGAGGUGACAGUACCCUCCUCCUAUGCUGGCCAGCUCUGUGGGCUGUGUGGGAACUACAACAACAACAGCCUAGAUGACAACCUACGCCCAGAUAAGAAGCCCAUAGGCAGCUCGGUGUAUCUGGGGGCCUCCUGGAAGCACUCAGAUGACUCAGAACCCGGCUGCUUCCUGAGGGGUGGCAUAUCCUCCAACUGCCAAUAUAACAGCACGUCGGACAGCUGGAAUAAGAGCUGUGCCAUCUUGGUGGACCCUCAGGGGCCCUUCUCCAUGUGCCACGACGUGGUGCCCCCGCAGGCCAGCUUCUACAGUUGUGUGUAUGGCCAGUGUGGGACCAAGGGCAGCACUGUGGCCCUGUGCCACUCCCUGCAGGCCUAUGCGUCCCUGUGUGCUCUGGCUGGCCAUGCCCUUGCCUGGCGCAACAGCAGUUUCUGCCCUAUGCGGUGUCCUUCUGGCAGUCACUAUAACUACUGUACCAGCCCCUGCCCAGCCACCUGCCUUAGCCUGAGGAUCCCCAUGAAGUGCCCUUCUAUGCCCUGUGUGGAGGGUUGUGAGUGCCACGGAGACUUCAUCCUGAGUGGGACGUCCUGUGUGCCUCUCAGCCUGUGUGGCUGCACUGACUCAAAGGGCUUCUACCACACGUUGGGGGAGAGCUGGUACCUGGAGAACACCUGCACCACCCUCUGCACCUGCUCCAUCCAAAACAACAUUACCUGCCAGAAGACCACCUGCAAGUCCCAGCAGACCUGCAGGGCCCUGGAUGGGCUGUUUCGCUGCAGGGCCUCAGAUGUGGGCGUGUGCCGGGUCUCAGGGGGUUCCCAGUUUGUGAGCUUUGAUGGCGUUAGCCAUAAAGCCAUUGUGGACAUCUGCACUCAAGUCUUAGUCAAAGUGUGCCACCCCAACAUGAACCUACCUUUCUUCAAGAUCAGUGCCAAGAGUUAUAACCAACAAGACAGUACCAGUCCCAUCUCCUUCCCUGAGCUCUACAUCAACAUCUUCAAUUCUAAGAUCAUCCUGAAAAAGAAACACCAAGUGCUGAUCAAUGAUGCAACAAUUACACUUCCUGCCACAUCCCAGAUCCCUGGGGUCAGCAUCACUUCUAGUGGCACCAACACCCUCGUCGAUGUUGAUAAUGGACUACAAGUCCGUUUUGAUGGCAACCAGUUCUUAGAGGUCAAAGUCCCUGUAGCCUAUUAUGACAAGGUGUGCGGUGUGUGUGGCAACUUCAAUGGUGAGGUGGACGACGAGCACAUGAUGCCCAGUGAAGAGUUUGCCCAGAACAACUCUGAGUUCAUGAACAGCUGGACGGACAAAGGCAUUGAGCAAACUUGCCAGAAGCCCUCAGAGCAACCUCAGAACAAAGUGGAAAGUCAAGGCAACAAGGAGGAACCCAAAACGGAAAGCGAGGGCCACAAGGAGGAACACAGGACGGAAAGCGAGGGCCACAAGGAGGGCCACAGAACGGAAAGCCAGGGCCACAAGGAGGAAUCCAAGGGCAAAGUGAAAGCCCUUUGCAAGCAAGUCGACUUCCAAACAGCCCAGAGAAAUUGCCAAGCAGCCCUUGAGGCCCCUGCCUGGGCCCAGUGUGCUGCCCGGGUGGACAUCCAGCCCUACCUGCAGCUCUGUAGGGACAAGUUCUGUGACUCUGGAAUCCUGACGGGAGCCCUCUGCCUGGUUUUCCAGGACUUUGGGGCCGCCUGCAAGACCCAGGGGCUCAAGCCCCCCAUCUGGAGGAACAGCAGCUUUUGCCCUCUGGAGUGCCCGGCCCAUUCCAGCUACAGUAACUGCCUUCCCUCCUGCCCAUCUUCCUGCUUGAACCCGGAUGGCCACUGCAAGAAUAGCAGAGGCCCUUCCAGCUGCGCUGAAGGUUGCCUCUGUCAGUCCGGCUAUGUGCUGAAUGGGGACAACUGUAUGCCCAAAAGUAGUUGUAGCUGCAAGGACGCCCAGGGUGGCACCAUUCCUAUAGGCAAGACCUGGAUCUCCACAGGCUGUACGCAGACUUGUUCCUGCGUAGGAGGAAGCAUUCGGUGCAAGACCUUCCGCUGUCCCGCUCAGUCUCACUGCCAACACAAGGAAGGAAUCAACAAUUGUGUCCCUGACAAAUCGGAUCAAUGCUCCAUCUACGGGGACCCCCAUUACCGCACAUUUGAUAGGUUCAGCUACCUCUUCCAGGGUCGCAUGACCUACAUCCUGGUAAAGACAGUGGACAAGCUCCCUGAAGGGCUGGAGAAGCUGGUUGUGGAGGGACGUAACAAGGUGUAUUCCUCGGCCCCGGGCCUGAUCUUCUUGCAUGAAGUGAUCACCUUCGUCUAUGGCUAUAAAGUCCAGUUCCAGGCUGGACUGACGCUUCUGGUCAACAACCAGAAGAUGGCCUACCCCUACAGUCCCAAUGAGCACCUGCAGGUCACCAUGCAGGGCCAGCGGCUCUUUCUGAUCACCGACUUUGAGCUGGUCGUCAGCUUGGGUGGUGGUGCAAGGAUCAACGCAGUGAUCACCCUGCCCAGCAUGUACCAGGGGCUGGUGCGUGGCAUGUGUGGGAACUAUGACGGGAACCGCACCAAUGAGUUCAUACUGCCGGAUGGCAGGCUCACCCAGAACCUCUAUGUCUUUGGCAACAGCUGGGAGGCAAAUGCGGAUGAGCCCCUCUCACGUUCCCCAAGGGCCAUAAGCAAGGAGGAAGAGAGACAACAAGCAGAUUCCAGCUCCCUAGGGUUGGCCUGCAGCUUGGAGCAGCUGGCACUCAUCAAUAGCACCCAGGCCUGUAGUGUACUGGUGGACCCCGAGGGUCCCUUUGCUGCCUGUCACCAGACUGUGGCCCCAGAGCCUUUCCAGGAGCACUGUGUGGUUGAUCUGUGUACAGCCCAGGACCCCAAUGACCAAGAGGAGCUGCGCUGCCAGGUUUUCAGCGGGUACGCCAUCACUUGUCAAGAGGCGGGCGCCAGCCUAACCAGCUGGCGGGACCACACCCGCUGUGCCAUGACAUGUCCAGCCAAUACCGUGUAUCAGAGCUGCAUGAUGCCCUGCCCGGUGUCCUGUGCCAACCUGGUGACCCUUGGGGACUGUGAGGGCCCCUGCGUGGAAGGCUGCGCCAACCUCCCAGGCUACGCCUAUAGUGGUGCCCAGAGCCUCCCGAUAGCUGACUGCGGCUGCACCAGAGACGGUGCCUAUUACCAGCUGGGUGACAGCUUUGUGACUGAGGAUUGCUCUGAGCGCUGUACCUGUGCCAGCUCAGGGGUCCUGAUGUGUGAGCCCUUCGGCUGCAGCUCCGAGGAGAUCUGCACCCUAGGCAACUUCACCCGCGGCUGCUUUCGAGAAACUCCGUGUCUUCCGAACCCCUGUCAGAACGAUGGUCAGUGUCUGGAGCAGGGGGCCAGCUUCAUCUGUGAAUGUGAGGUCGGCUAUGGGGGAGCCCUGUGCACGGAGCCGCGGGACAUCCCUCCCCCUAAAAAGCCAGAAGCAUCCAACUUUGUGGCCAUCCUACUGGGUAUGCUGGUGCCCGCGGUGGUCAUAGUGUCAGCAGCGAUCAGAGAGUGUGUUUACAGGAUGAGGAGGAGGAGGGAGAAAAUGAAGGACCAGAACAGAGGCCAGUUGGGGGACACAGGUGAGAGCCCACUCUGGGGCCAGCACCUGCACCUCCAGAGCUGAGUCCUCUUUGGAGGCCGGUUUUCUCCAUUUUCCGCAGUGUUCCUCAGGCUGCCUUCAGAGCCACUCGGUUCUGAGUUGUUGUCAGACGUGGACAUUA